GUGCCAGCUGAUGUAACCAGACAAAACUGGUACAAAGCUCUACCUGUCCCAGCUGUCUCCGAGUACUCUUAAAUCAAAUCAGAUGAAGGAGAUCUGUUAUUUACGGAAGACUGUGAUUGUAUCCAAAGUGUGAGGUCAGAAGGACAUGGGGGCGAUUUUUACCUCUGAAGACUAUGUUAGGGCCAAAAUAUGAUGAUCAAGUUGCUGAAGCAUCUCGUUUCCAUCCCAGUAUGUUAUCAAACUUCUUAAAGAGCCUUAAGGUUAAAAUGUGUUUGCUGAUAGACCUGACAAAUACCACUAGAUUCUAUGACAAGAGUGAUAUAGAAAAAGAUGGCAUUGUAUAUAUAAAGCUUCAAUGUAAAGGACAUGGUGAGUGUCCCACAACUGAGAACACAGAAGCAUUCCUUCGUGUAUGUGAAUAUUUUAGUAAUAAGAACCCAACUGAUCUUAUAGGUGUUCAUUGUACACAUGGUUUCAAUCGCACCGGGUUUCUCAUUUGUGCCUUUCUGGUUGAGAAACUGGACUGGAGUAUUGAAGCAGCUGUGGCUACCUUUGCCCAAGCUAGGCCACCUGGUAUCUAUAAAGGUGAUUAUUUGAAAGAACUGUUCCGUCGUUAUGGUGAUGUGGAAGAUGUGCCCGCACCUCCCCCGUUACCAGAGUGGUGCUUUGAUGAAGAUGAAGAAGAGGAUGAAGAGGAUAACUGCAAACCCGGAACCCCGGAAUCUGAAGCAGGGUCAUCAACGUCAUUUUCAGGCAAAAGAAGAAAAGAACAUUUGAAGCUGGGUGCAGUGUUCUUGGAAGGAAUAACUGUUAAAGGCGUAACCCAAAUAACAGCUCAACCAAAACUGGGAAAUAUACAACAGAAAUGCCAGCAGUUUUGUGGCUGGAAAGGAACUGGCUUCCCUGGAGCACAACCUGUUUCUAUGGAUGAGCAAAAUAUUAAAUUCUUAGAGCAGAAACCAUUCAAAGUAAGCUGGAAAGCAGAUGGAACUCGGUAUAUGAUGUUGAUCGAUGGCAAGAAUGAAGUGUAUAUGAUUGACAGAGAUAACUCUGUAUUUCAUGUAUCUAAUCUGGAGUUUCCAUUUCGUAAAGAUCCACGUGCACACCUAGAAAAUACACUAUUGGAUGGGGAAAUGAUCAUCGACAAAGUAAAUGACCAAGUUGUCCCUCGAUACUUGAUAUAUGACAUAAUAAAAUUCAAUGGACAACCAGUUGGAGACUGCGAUUUUAACAUUCGUCUGGCAUGUAUCGAAAAAGAAAUUAUAUUCCCACGGCAUGAUAAAAUUAAGAAUGGGCAAAUUGACAAAGCAAAAGAACCUUUCAGUGUUCGUCACAAACCGUUUUUUGAUAUUCAUGUGGCAAAAAAGCUUCUUGAAGGAAAUUUUGCUAAAGAAGUCAGUCAUGAAGUGGAUGGACUAAUUUUUCAGCCUACAGGAAAAUACAAGCCUGGACGAUGCGAUGACAUUUUGAAAUGGAAGCCACCCAGUCUGAAUUCGGUGGAUUUUCGCCUAAAAAUAACAAGAGUUGGUGGAGAAGGGCUUCUCCCACAGAAUGUUGGACUGCUAUAUGUUGGAAGUUUAGAUAGACCAUUUGCACAAAUUAAGGUAACAAAGGACUUGAAACAAUACGACAAUAAGAUUAUAGAAUGCAAAUUUGAGAACAAUAGCUGGGUAUUCAUGAGACAAAGGAUAGACAAAAGCUUUCCCAAUGCUUAUAGCACUGCCAUGGCUGUGUGCAACAGCAUACGGUAUCCAGUGACAAAGGAAAUCCUCUUUGAAUUCAUUGACAAGUGUAUGACAGGAGCAACCCCAGCAGCGACCCCAGAACAGACGCGUAAGCACCACAUGGAUCCUGACACAGAACUCAUGCCGCCGCCUCCUCCAAAGAGACCUCGCCCAUAACCUGCCACCAGAGACCAAGGCUGCAUAGCAUGUUGUUUACAGUUCUCCAAGAUGACGCGUGCAGAUGGAAAACUUUUGCAAGAAGUUAUUGUAAACAUCCUGUAAAUACUUAAGCGCAUUUUUUUUGGAAUGCCGCAUCCUGGACUCCAGUUUGUUCCAUACUUUGAAAGUUGAACAUUGAUUUGUGGAAUUUGGAAAGAUUUAAUCCGAAGGGUUAGAUAAAAGUGUGGAAUAAGUGGAAGGCCACCUUGUUUGAUAGGUAUCUUUCAAAUCCAAGGUUUUAUACUAGAAAUCUUGAACUGUGAAGCCAUGACAAAAGCCCCCCACCUUUUUUUUUUUACAAGUGAUGUUUCAAAGAGCAUGUGGUUUCCUUUAACCAACCAAUUAAGAUUUGUUCUUGUGUUUCACUUAGCAUUGUUCCUCUGUGUUCUUUAGAUUACUGAUUUAAAAAGCAGUGAAUGUUCAUGCAGUGUACUCUUUAAAAUAAAAAAAUAUCAAAGUUCACUACUUUUUAAAAGAAACAACCUUUUGAUAUUAAACAACUUACGCAGGGGUAAGUGUCCUUUUGGAUGUGCAUUGGGUGUUUUUAGUUUGAACAAGUAUAUUCAUCUGCUGGAUCCAUUUUGAACUUUCAUUUUAGGUUCUAUGCAGUAUUAGCACAAACAAUUCUACACAAAAAACAUUUCAUUUUUGUACAAAAUAAUUGUAAAUGGAUGAUGUCAAAAAUGUACAUCAGAUAGAUUUACCAAAAGACUAACCAUGUUCUUAAUAUUAGAUUGUUUUCAUGGCAGAAAUUAUAAGAGGUAUGUUAGAUGAGAAAUAAAAAAGCACGUAGCUUCAAUCCCAAAGAGGAUGACCUAUUACAAAAAUGAAUAAUUAUUGUAGCUUAGGUAGUAUGAUGAAGUCCCAAAUAUUCAGUUCAGUUCAAGUGUUCUGUUUUCAAAGCUAGUAGUAGUCUCCUACAGGGAUUUUAUUUUUGCUAUUCGGAGAAAAAAUGAAUCAAGUAACCUUUCUAGGUUUCAUUGGGUUAUAUCAGGGGAUAGUGGUCCUGGCACCACAGAAAAACUGCUUUUUACCGAAAGAGUAUCGUUAAAACAUAGGAAUAGAAGCAGUGAUAAACAUUUUUACACAUUGAUCAUAAAAUAGUAUUUUGAUAGUUUAUACUUGUAGAUAUGUUUGAGUUAAAACCAUUUAGGUGAGGAGGUUUUAUUUGCUAUGUAAUGACAACCAAACAGCACUAUUUAAUAUUCCUGUUUUUGAAAGUUUUAAAAGUCUUCCUGGUUUUAUAAAUGAAAAUGCAGUGUGUACUUUGUUCCAUAGCCAUUUGGUGUCUGUCUAUUAAAAUGUUAUCACUGUC